CAGAUUUUUUUUUCAAAUAACCCAAGAUCAAACAAGCUCUUGGUGUCAUCCUCCUACUAGUAGUCUAGUAUUGAUGGAGACAUUCAUUGGAUACAAGUUGAGAUAAUUGAGUAUAUCCACUCAGCACACUCACAGUCACAACCAAUGCAAGUAGAGAAAUCAGAAAGGCAAAAGCAAACAUUAUCAUAUUAUUACUGUUUAGUCUCUCCACUAUUCACUCCAAAACCCCACUACAUCAUCAUUACACACACACAUCUCCCAAAUUGACAAUCUUCUAUUGCUUUAUCACUCCCAAACCACUACAUCAGUGAGUAUGCACGUUUGCACUAAGUUCAUAAAUUUUAAUAUUGAUCACGGGUGUACUUGCAUCACCAUGGGAGGAUCUAAAACUAACGGGCACCUUCAUUCCUCACUUAAACCUUUUCCUUCUCAAACAUGGCUUACUACUACUACUACAUUCUCCUCUGUUUCUUCUGGUUUACUGUCUCCAGCCAAUUGGCAAAUGCUUCCUCCUUAGCAACCGAUAGAACUGCUCUACUUCAAAUCAAACAAACCAUCAAACUUGAUCCAAAUCUCAAAUUAUCCAAUUGGAAUUCCACCACUCACGUCUGCAACUUCACAGGAGUCACCUGCAACAUACAAAAACACCAUGUAACCCGAUUGAAUCUCAACAACGCCAACCUCACUGGAAUCCUCUCUCCGGCGAUUUCAAACCUCUCCCGCCUCCAUCGCCUCGAUCUAACCAAAAACCACCUCUCCGGCGUUAUUCCCCACGACUUCUCCAAGCUCAAACACCUCACACAUCUCGUCCUUGAGGGAAACAGUCUAGAAGGACCUAUUCCUCAUUCUUUCUCACUUCUUACCAGACUCGUCUUGAUUAAUUUAAAGGAAAAUCGGCUGACGGGUACUAUUCCUAAGUACUUCUUCUCUAAUUGCACCUUGCUUAAAAACGUCGAUCUUUCUUUGAACUUUCUUCAUGGGGAAAUCCCUAAUGAUAUUGGGAAUUGUCCUAACCUGUGGAAUCUUAAUCUCUAUAAUAAUCAGUUCAUUGGGGAGAUUCCUUUUUCUCUUACGAAUGCGUCCACUAUGUAUAAUUUGGAUGUCGAGUAUAACAAACUUUCCGGUUUAUUACCUUCGGAAAUUGUCGCAAACCUACCUGAACUCAACUUUCUUCAUCUGUCAUAUAAUAAAUUUGUCAGCCAUGAUGACAACACGAAUCUCGAUCCAUUCUUCGUUGCACUCCUUAACUGUUCUAAGCUGAUAGAGAUCGAAUUAGCCGGGAUGUAUCUGGGAGGAAGUUUGCCUAGUUUCAUCGGUCAGUUAAGCAUUAAUCUGCAAUAUUUGUUACUUGAUGAAAAUAUGAUCACCGGUUCACUUCCUUCUGGAAUCGUAAAUCUGACAUCCCUCUUGGGGGUAAACAUGUCAUCCAAUCUUUUAACGGGUUCACUUCCUGAUGAAAUUAGUGAGUUGAAUCUCCUGAUAGAACUCGUCUUGUCUCAUAAUCUCUUUAAUGGCUCAAUCCCAUCUUCAUUUGGAAAUUUUUUAAGCUUAGGUCAUCUUGACCUGUCAUUCAACAGAUUGUCGGGUGAAAUCCCACGAAGCCUUAGUGGUUUGAAGCCAUUAUAUUACCUUUACCUUAAUAACAAUCUUCUCUCUGGAGAAAUACCUCCAAGUCUUGGACUAUGCACUCAUCUUUCCAUAUUAGACUUAUCCCAUAAUGAACUGAGAGGAGGAAUUCCAAUUCAGCUAACAAAAUUGCAAGAGAUGCGAAUAUAUGUCAAUCUUUCGCAUAAUCUUCUUGAAGGGAGUUUACCGAUUGAGCUCAGUAAUUUCAAAGAUGUUCUCGACAUAGAUCUUUCUUCGAAUAAACUCACUGGAAACAUAUUCUCUCAGAUAUCUAACUGCAUUGCUCUUGAACUGCUGAAUCUCUCCAACAAUUCUUUACAUGGAGAGCUUCCAGAUACGUUAGGUGACCUCGUUAACCUUCGAAUAUUCGACGUAUCAAAGAAUCAGUUAUCUGGAAAUAUCCCGACAACGUUAAACAAGCUUCAAAUGAUUCAAUCGUUGGAUCUCUCGUUCAACGACUUUAAUGGAAGCAUUCCUUCAGGUGGGAUCUUCGACACCAACUGUAUCAACUGUCUAUCGUUUCAAGGAAACUAUCACCUUUGCGGUAAAAGGAAAUUUCAAGGAAUUCCCAUUUGCCGGCGUAAGAAACGUUACUUUCGUUCAAGUAAGUUCUUGAUCAUAUUCUGUAGUGUUCUCUUGUUUGUCGUGAUUUGUUUUCUGUUCGGAUGCUGGAAAUUUGGAAAGAACAUAACUUCAUCCUUAAAGGUAAAAGUUGAAAAAAGAAAGCCACCAGCUGAUCCACUUCCCAAUUUCCCUAGACUAACAUAUAAGGAACUAUCCGAUGCCACGGGCGGUUUCGACGAGCAAAGAUUACUAGGGUCGGGCAGCUACGGACGGGUCUACAAGGGAAUUCUUCCGGAUGGUUCACAAAUAGCUAUCAAGGUUCUUCACGUCCAAACUGGUAAUUCAACCAAGAGCUUCAACCGAGAAUGCCAGGUUUUGAAGAGGAUUCGUCACAGAAACCUGAUAAGAAUCAUAACAGCUUGUAGUUUACCUGAUUUCAAAGCCCUCGUUCUUCCUUACAUGGCGAAUGGAAGCUUGGACAGCCGAUUGUACCCUCAUCACUUGGAGACGGGAUUGAAAUCAGGAUCUUCGGAUUUGAACUUAAUACAGAGGGUUCAUAUUUGCAGCGAUAUAGCAGAAGGAAUGGCUUAUCUUCAUCACCACUCCCCUGUUAGAGUCAUACAUUGCGAUCUUAAACCGAGUAAUGUUCUUCUAAACGAUGACAUGACGGCUCUUGUAUCGGAUUUUGGCAUCUCUCGGCUUCUGACAACAAUUGGAGCUGGAAAUGUUCCUGUUGUUGAGAACAUGGGGAACUCCACUGCAGAUAUGUUAAGUGGAUCCAUUGGCUACAUAGCACCAGAAUAUGCAUACGGAGCGAUAACAUCGAUAAAGGGAGAUGUUUACAGUUUCGGUGUGCUUGUGCUGGAAAUGGUGACGAGAAAGAGACCGACAGACAACAACUUUGGAAACGAUGUAAGCCUUCACAGAUGGGUAAAGACAAACUCAAACGGAGGAAGAAUGGAGAGGGUGGUGGAUUCUUCAUUAAUAAGAGCUUUGAAAGAUCAGUCAGCUGAGAUGAAGAAGAUGUGGGAAGUUGCUAUUGGAGAGCUGAUUGAGCUUGGAAUACUUUGCACACUGGAUUCUCCAUCUGGAAGACCAACCAUGCUGGAUGCUGCUGAUGAUUUGGAUAGACUCAAGAGGUACUUAAGUGGGGACACAACUAAUACAUUUGCAUCUUCUUUGGGUAUAUCUUCUUCCACUAUUGGUGAUGAUUGAUUGAUGAUCAUUACAAUGUAAUAAAGCGGGAGUAAGGUAAGGAAAGUGGCCUAAUGAGAGGAAGCCCGGCCUAUUAAGCGCAGCUAAGCUAAUAUGCGCCUCCGAAGGCAGGUGCCAAAAAAAACAUUCAUGAAUUGCAUAUAGAAUUUGGAAUGUUGAAAAUAUAUGAAGUUUUCUUCUUUUUUUGUGUGUUCUAGGAGGCAUAAUGGCAUUGUUCAUGUUGUGGUGGAGUGGAGUGUAAGUUGUAAGAAAAAGGGUUUUUCAAUUAUUCCAAAUUGAUUAAAAUAUUUGUUGGAACACAUAAAGUAAAUGUGAAUAAUAUUGAAUGAAUCUUAUCAUAUCAUAUGUUG